UAAUUAUAAUUAUGUUAGAGUCUGUCAGAGAAAUGUGAGGAAAGUCCAUUUACUUCAAAGAAUCUUUAUCUGCUCUUAUCUGACACAGACAUAAGGACAGAUAAGAGGGCACUGUGCGGCCCGGGUCAAACAAUGCUCUGUAAGGAAAAGAUAAAUAAGAAGACAAGGCCUGAUGCGGUGUAGCUCCACCCUCAGCUCCAGUCCUGAGUUUCAGUCCUGGUUCCCUGGAAGGAAAGAAAGAAAGAAGAAAAAAGACAGAAAGACACGGAGCAGGGGUUGGUUCCUGCUCCGCACUCCGGCCCUGGUCUUCCUGCUCUCCGGCUCUUUGUCCCCGGAACUCGGUCUCCGUCCCGGGUGUCCACCGGGUCUUUUUCGCUCGCAUCUGGAUCCCAGUAGGAGUAGCAGACAGCCCAGCGUUCCCCGGUGCUGCCCCCGAACCACCGGCGACCUUUAAGUUUUGAACAGAAGACAGAAGACAGACCCCCCCGUGUCCCCGGAGCUUCGUGCUGUCCUCCUGCGGUUUGAACCGUUCCUCGAAGCCGUGCAGCAGCUGUGACCCGCUGAGAUUGUUGCCUGUGGUUUGAAAGUUUUAUUUAAACUUCUGCCUGUUUUCUGUCCACUCUGGAGGUCGAUACAUUUAUCCGGUGGGUGUAGCUUUUAAACGGACAACAUUUGAACAGGGUUUAGUCUUAUUUUCGGUGUUUCAUUUUUAUUUUUCCCUUCUGGUCUGAGAGUGAAUGAGAAAUCAGCGCUUCUUCAUGAGGAAACUCGGCGUGGGAGUCACAGAAACUUUGUCUUAGCCUACCUGAGCGGCUACUUUUGCUUUUUCUGUUUUUUUUUUUUUCGUUCUUUCUUUUUCUUUUUCUUUUUGUCUCCAACCAAAAUGAAGACGUUGUUAGUGCUGUGUGUCGUGUCCACGCUGGCUGUGUUGACCGAGUCGGUGACCGCGGAGCAAAAGUUGAGAAACUGUAACGAAGUUCGAGCAGCUUUCACCUCCAAAGGCUUGAAUGUCAACGAUGUCCCCAACAAAGGAGUCCACGGAGCCUCGCUGAAAGUGUGCCCACAGGGUUUCUCCUGCUGCACCGUGGAGCUGGAAGAGAAGCUGAGCCAGCAGAGCCAAACGGAGAUCAAAGCCCCCGUGUCCAAGCUUAGCACCAGCCUACAAUCCACCUUCAAACAGAGGCACGACCACUUCGACAAGUUUUUCCGCGAGCUUCUGAAGAAUGCCGAGGACUCGCUGCAUAACAUGUUUGUGCGGACGUACGGCAUGAUGUACGUGCAGAACUCGGAGCUGUUCCGCAAGUUCUUCGAGUCCCUGACGCGGUACUACGUGUCGGGCAGCGCCGCCGUCAACCUGGACUCCAUGCUGCAGGACUUCUGGGACGAGCUGCUGGAGAGGAUGUUCCGGCUGGUCAACGUGCAGUACGAGUUCAGCGACGCCUACAUGGAGUGCGUCAGCCGGCACACGGAGCAGCUGCAGCCGUUCGGCGACGUGCCGCGGAAGCUCCGCAUCCAGCUGACGCGAGCCUUCGUGGCUGCUCGCACCUUCGUGAAGGGACUCGCUCUCAUGCCAGAGGUGGUGAAUAGAGUUUCUAUGGUCAGCGCGUCUCCCAGCUGUGUCCGGGCCUCCAUGAAGAUGUUGUACUGUCCCUACUGCUCAGGCCAAGUGGCCCUGAAGCCCUGCCAGAAUUACUGCCUGAAUGUGAUGCGGGGGUGUUUGGCUAACCAGGCUGACCUGGAUGCAGAAUGGAACAACUUCCUCG